UUUUAAUUUGCCUUCAAACCCGUUCAUACCCAGCUCAGGCGCAAGUUUUGGCGCAUCUUGGCUUUUGAGCGGGCCUGCGGUACAUUGCAUUUUCUCAUCUGGCACCUAAGAAAUAUCUCCAACAAGCCAGCCAAAGGUGCAAGGCGUUUUUCUACGCAGCGAUGGGUGGUCCAAUUCCCGGGGUGGAGCUGGUGCACAUUGCGAGGGAGACUGACAACGUCGACAGACUGGUUGCGUUUUACACUGAGAUCCUUGGGUUCAAGAGGAUGGAUACGCCCACCUUUGGCCCUUUUCAAGUCGCGUGGUUGGAGUUCCCCCCCAGCCAGCAGAUACACAUCAUUCAGCGCAACCCCGACUCCAAGCUGCCCGAGUCUCCCUUGAACGCAGGCCCCGACUCGCGGAAGGAUCCGAGCGCCCUUCCACGGGGCCACCACCUCUCAUUCCGGGUGUCUGACUACGACGCGGCCGUCAAGUCGCUCAAGGAAAAGGGCUUCGACGUCUUCGAAAAGGAUCAGCAGGGGCACACGAUCAAGCAGGCAUUCUUCUUCGACCCUGACGGAAACGGUAUUGAGAUCGGCAGCUGGCCAAAGUAGUUCUUCUUGGUUGCGCCGAGGGGAUGUCGUUUAAAGAGACGUCGUUUAGUGAGCCGGUCUAGUGUCCUUUGUUGUACAGGAAAGCAUUUGUUGAGAUUGAAUCACUUGUAACGGCGUACAAACAAAUGGAUCAGCCGGAGGGGGCCUCGCCCCGGCUCCAGUGUUGCUGAACUUCACAUAGAUACAAAUUGUUCAUUGCCCGCGACGGGUCUUGACCGUCUGACCUCAUUCUGAUUGAGCUGUAUCAACCCAGGCCCUCGAGUACCAUCCAUGCCGUUAAUUCAGUCGUUUCGACCCGGACUAGGCCCGAGUCACGGUGUCCACCGUUAAGUUGAAGUCGUUCAGACAGGACUCGGACUUUUGCAUAACAAUUUCAAUUCCGAGGGCUUCGCCUACUUUAUAUGCAUGCAUGUGGCCA